AUGGCAACGGUGGUCACCGAAAAGCUUAGCCGCCUCUUCAUUAACGUGCAGCAGGUCCCCCAGCUGCUGGCCCCGCUCUCUCCCUCCACCGUCAGCAGUUCGGAGGUGCCGAAGGUCUUCUGGAAGCCCUACAUCCACGCCGGCUACCGGCCGGUGCGGCAGACCUGGCGCUAUUACUUCUCGACGCUGUUCCAGCAGCACAACGAAGCCAUCAACGUCUGGACCCAUCUGGUGGCAGCGCUGAUCCUGCUGCUGCGGGUCCAGCAGCUCUCGCCGCGGGGGGGUUUCGGGCAGGACCCGCACGCCCAACCCCUCCUCAUCAUCAUCGUGGCCUCCAUCACCUACUUGACGUUCAGCACCCUUGCUCACCUUCUGCAGGCCAAAUCGGAGUUCUGGCACUACAGCUUCUUCUUCAUGGACUACGUGGGGGUGGCCAUUUACCAGUACGGCAGCGCUCUGAGCCACUACUACUACACCAUCGAGCCGAGCUGGCACGAGAAGAUCAAGGGGUUUUACAUGCCGAUGGCAGUCCUGUUAGCGUGGCUGUCCUGCGCCGGCUCCUGCUAUGCCAAGUACCGGUACCACCAGUCGGCUCGCCUUCUGAGCAGGCUCUGCCAGGAGCUGCCCUCCGGCCUGGCGUACGUGCUGGACAUCAGCCCCGUGGUCCACCGCAUCUUCACCGCACCGCCCUCCGAGCGGGCUGACCCGGCCCUUCUGUAUCACAAAUGCCAGGUGCUGUUUUUCCUCAUUGGUGCCUUUUUUUUCUCGCACCCUUACCCCGAGAAGUGGUUCCCUGGGAAAUGUCACUUUUUCGGGCAGAGCCAUCAGAUUUUUCACGUGUGCCUGGUCCUCUGCACGCUGGCGCAGAUCGAGGCGGUGGUGUUGGACUACGAGUCCAGGCGACAGAUCUAUUCUGCUCUUCAGGGUGACUUGGCACACAACUUCUCUGCCCUGUGCCUCUUCACUGUGACCUGCUGUGUCCUCACAGCCGCUUGCAUGGCCCGCAAGGUGAGGAACACGCUGGGCUUCAAAGAAGAGUAA